UCGUAAAAAGGCUUGACGCGCUUUUACGCACCGCAUUCUUGGAGAAGCUGGGAGCGCAAGAUGAUGCUCGAGAGGGAUAUUCGCUGUUUAUGAGCUCACAUCUUCUGACACAAUGGCCAUUGACCGGUGUGAUCCUCUUGGGAACCUCAAAACCUCUAAAACAUUCGAAGAGAUGGUGGGCUCCAACAUUUCCAAGACGUUGCGCGAAAGCAAUGAAACCAAGAAUUCCAGUUGCGCAACCGUGUCCGUUGGAUUCCCAAUAACCAUGAUGGUCACUGGCAUGGUUGGAAACUCUUUAGCUCUUAUUCUGGUGUACAUCUCUUACAGGAAAAAGGAGAACAGAAGGAAAAAAUCUUUCUUGCUUUGCAUUGGAUCACUGGCGUUGACUGACCUGUUCGGGCAGCUUAUGACAAGUCCAGUUGUGAUAUCUGUCUACAGAGCUGGUCUGAAAUGGGAGCUUAUCGAUCCGUCUGAUAAGCUAUGCGCCUAUUUUGGCGUGUGCAUGACAACUUUUGGCCUGUGCGCGCUCUUCUUGGCCAGCGCGAUGGCGAUGGAAAGGGCACUGGCGAUCACAAAUCCUCACUGGUACUCCAAUCACAUGAGGACAAGUGUGACCAAGCAGACUUUGGCUGUCAUAUGGUGCCUCGUGUUGCUGUUUGCCCUGCUGCCCAUCGCAGGGGUCGGCAAAUACACGCGCCAGUGGCCAGGCACCUGGUGCUUCAUCAGCACGGGGGACAGCGAUGUCCCGGGCAACACGUUUUUCGCCAUCACUUUCGCCGUCCUGGGGAUUUUCUCUCUGCUCGUGACACUGUCGUGCAACGUCAUGACUAUCCGGGGUUUAAUUAUUCGGUGCAAAACAAAGUCUGGGACGUCUCAGUCUUCGAAACAGUGGGAACGUCUCACCACGGAGACCGUCAUACAGCUGUUGGGGAUUAUGUGCGUCCUGCUAAUAUGCUGGUCUCCUCUCCUGGUGCUGAUGCUGAGAAUGAUCUCCACUAAAGUGUCAUCCCAUGACUGCAAUUCAUCAUCGCUGAAGUCCAACCACGCGUCCGGCCAGGAGCUGGACUGCAACUUCUUUCUGACAGCGAUUCGUCUGGCCUCGCUCAACCAGAUCCUGGACCCCUGGGUCUACCUUCUCCUGCGCGAGAUCCUCCUGCGCAAGUUCUGCAUCAUGGCCAACGCCGUGUCCAACUGCUCGAUGGAGGAUCAGAAGGAGACUCAAACAGCACUGGAUGCCCUGAACAAGCCCAACCAGGACAGCAACAGCCUUUGUAAAUCACAGACCAACAAAGCCGACGUUUGACAGUAAUUUCUGUUUUACGACUGUCAGUCUGGAUAUGCUUUCAAAGAUCUAAAGCUGCCUGGAAGGGAAAACAGGAAUGGUAAACAAAGAAGCGGAUUACCGUUCUCACAAAGGUUUUUGGUUCAUGUGGUCCGAGUCCACUUAAAGAUUUGAAAGCUUCGAGACUUUAUUUACCAUCUCCACUGGUACAGAUAUGCAGGUGCAUUUGAAUACACACAUGAGCAUUUCUGUGGCUAACAAGCACAUUCUGUUGAAAGUCACCUGACCAGCAUGUGGAUGCAUGACCGCCGUCAUGUCCUGCCUUUGGCUGCUGUGCGGCCAACACGAACCCUGUCAUCGUCAGUUUUUCGUAAUGUUGUAGAACCAAGACCUGAAUGUAGGUGACUUCGUCCUGACACGCCAUUUGAAGCCAUAAGUUAACAAGACUUCUUUUGUAAAUGUUUGUGAAUGGAGAAAAAAAAAAAAGAAAAUGAAAAUGUGUUCAGAAAAAAUAUAUCGUCGUAUCAGACAUAAAACAGAGCAUUUUGUGAAAAAGAAAAACGAGACAGAAUAUGUUUUUAAAAAAAGCAAAACUGGAGCCAGUCUUUUGAUUAUAAAGGUAUUAAUGUAUGUAAAAUAUUUUUUGUUGCCUUUGUGCUGAAUCCUGAUUAUGCUACCUGCUGAUUAUGACUUGAUGUAAACUUAAUAUAUGGCCUAUUGCAUGUUGUGCACAUUAGCUGGCAACUAGGACCAUAAAAUGAGAAUGUUUCUCUUUAUUGCCAAUUUUCAUCUGGAACAUGAAACACAGGGAAAUUGUUGUGUCUAUUUUUUCAGUAUUUCCUUACCAUCAAACCAAGAAAGUCACUCUUGUUUGGGUGUGAAUGGGUAGUCUAAUUUCACUAGCUAAAUCACAAUGAUUACCACAGACAUAUAAGAUACUUUGGGGGGGGGAGCAAAUAAACUAAACUUUUAGGAAUGGGUCUAGUUUGAAUAUUCACAACAGAGGCAGCACAUAAGGAUAAACCAUUUUUAGUUCCAUUUAAAGUUUAAGUUAAAGUUUUGACGUUGUGAAUUUAAACGCAAAUAGCACAAAAUAUGCAUAAGCAAAACUGUGGAAUGUGUUUCAGCUGCCUUUAUUUUUACUUCUACACAGUACCAUGACACUUUUGUUUACCUUGAUGCUUUUGAGUUUGGGCAUUCUUUUUUUUUGCAGUGUCAGUUAAUAUCAGUCCUUGUAACUCUAGUCCUUUUCUAAAUACGUUCAAUUAUUCAUAGCCUUUAACACACAAAGUGCCAUUUGUCAGAGUUCUCAGAAGAAAAAUCAAUCUAGUUCCUAAUGAGAUGGCGUACUCUUUAUGCCAACACUGUAAAUGUGAGAGGAACAGAUGAUUUCGGGAGAUGUCCCAUUUAGUUCACAGUGGUUUGAGUCUGAUCUUUUUAUGUCAAGUUUGUCAUAUGGAGCGUCAUCUGACAAUUGUGUAAAUAUGUCAUCAAGGCUGGUAAAAGACCCCUCAAUGCGCUGUCAUGGUAACCCUAAGGACAAACCUGCCUCACAGCCAACCUACAACGCUGCCUUCUCAGCACGUGGUCCAACAAAAUUAGGCUAAUGUGCACCCUCUGCUGUGCCUCGUCCUUCCUUUGCCUUUCAAUUGUCAGAAGGCUCAGUGAUAAUGAUCCUCCUGGUAAUUGUUAUCUUCGGGAGCCACGUGAAAGAUGAGCUUUUUCUGUUGCUAUGUAUUUGUUCAUCUGCCUGCAAAAACAUAGUGGUGUAGAGUUUAUCUUGUGUUGGUUGUGAAAACACUCAUCUUCAGUGGCUCAUGAAAUGCAUUAACCUGGUUUAAUGAGAAAAAAGAAAGUCAUGAGCAGUUUUUACUUGAUUGAAUUAUGAUUGUAAUUGAGCUUGUGGUUGUGCAUUAAAAAAACAUUUAUCCCAAGCAUAUGUUCACCUUGUUCGGC